CCUUGGCUCCUUUCCAGUGAGUUCGAGCCCAGCCCUGGGGCGGCCCCCACCUCUCCACCUUGUUAUGUCCCACCCUCCUCUGCAGCGCAAAGAGCAGUUUAAAUAUAAAUCAGUCCUCAGCACAAACAGAGCUUGGGCGGCGAGUCACAGAGCCAUCACCGGAACCGAGGGCCCAGGUUUGCGGAGCGAGUGCAGACACGCAGAGCCGGCUCUGGACAAUCCCAAGAGCCAAGGAUACUAGGAGACUCCCGCUCUCUUCCACAGCUUGGAGAACCCGCGCCCCUCUGGUCCCUUCCAACUCCCCACCCCUUCCUCAGGGCUGUAGCCACUCUCUACCCCACCAAGUCCCCAGGUCUCUCCGUUGGCCUGCAGCCUCCUGUCUCGUCCAUCCGCGGUGGCUCCUUCCUCGGGACCUGCGAUCUCCCCGUGUGCCACCUCCGGGCCUGAGCGACCUCCUAGGCAGCUGGGGAUCACCAGGUUGAGACCUAGAGUUUCUAGGCUUCAGCAGCCUAGACGCCAGGGCCCAGGACACCUGCCUGUAGAGGCGGCUGUGGCCGGGCGGGGGCUUGCUGCACCUCUGACACCCGAGGAAGAGAGGGAGGAGGGAGAGCGCGUUUAUUUCAUCACCGUCACCACUUAUAAAAACUUCUGAGCACUCGCUCUCUUGCUCAGUCUCCGCGCCGCGCUCCCCAUCGCCUGGCUACCACCGCCGAAUCCCGAAGCGCCCAAGUCCCGCAGAACCUGCGCCUGAACUGUUGCCACAGCUUGCGGCCAGCCAAGGGACGUUGUCUCCGUCACGAUGGGGCUCCUGCCCAGACCCGGAGCACGCCAGGGCAGUGGCACCUCCUCGGUCCCAGCUAGACGCUGCUCCCGCUCGGUCUUCAGCAACAUUAAGGUGUUCCUGCUUUGCCAUGGCCUCCUACAGCUCUGCCAGCUGCUCUACAGCACCUACUUCAAGAGCAACCUCACCACGAUUGAGAAGCGCUUUGGGCUCUCCAGUUCUUCCUCAGGCCUCAUUUCCAGCUUGAACGAGAUCAGCAACGCCAUCUUCAUCAUCUUUGUCAGCUACUUUGGCAGCCGAGUGAACCGCCCACGGAUGAUUGGCAUAGGGGGUCUCUUCCUGGCUGCGGGUGCUUUCGUCCUCACCCUCCCACACUUCCUGUCGGAACCCUAUCAAUACGCUUCAACCAUUGCCGGAAACAGCAGCAGCCUUCAGACCGACCUCUGUCAGAAGCAUCUGCUGGACCUGCCCCCCAGUAAGUGCCAUAGCACCGUGCCAGAUACCCAAAAGGAGGCAAGCAACAUGUGGGGCCUGAUGGUGAUUGCUCAGUUGCUGGCCGGCAUUGGGACAGUGCCCAUUCAGCCAUUUGGGAUCUCCUACGUGGAUGACUUUGCGGAGCCCACCAACUCACCUCUGUAUAUCUCCAUCUUAUUUGCCAUUGCUGUGUUUGGACCAGCUUUUGGGUACCUGCUGGGCUCAGUCAUGCUGAGGAUCUUUGUGGACUACGGCAGAGUAGACACUGCUACAGUGAACUUGAGCCCCGGUGACCCUCGAUGGAUCGGAGCCUGGUGGCUGGGCCUGCUCAUUUCUUCAGGCUUCUUGGUUGUUACUUCUCUGCCUUUUUUUUUCUUCCCUCGAGCAAUGCCCAGAGGAGCAGAGAGGUCUGUUAUCGCAGACGAAACAAUGAACAUGGAGGAGGACAAGCCAAGAAGCUCCCUGAUGGAUUUCAUUAAACGAUUACCCCGCAUCUUCCUGAAGCUGCUGAUGAACCCACUCUUCAUUCUGGUGGUCCUGGCUGAGUGUACCUUCUCCUCUGUCAUCGCUGGCCUCUCUACAUUCCUCAACAAGUUCCUGGAGAAGCAGUAUGGCGCCUCAGCAGCCUAUGCCAACUUCCUCAUCGGUGCUGUAAACCUUCCUGCUGCUGCCUUGGGGAUGCUGUUUGGAGGAAUCCUCAUGAAACGUUUCGUUUUCUCUUUGCAAACCAUCCCCCGAGUGGCUGCUGCCAUCAUGACCAUCUCCAUACUCCUCUGCACCCCUCUCUUCUUUAUGGGAUGCUCCACCCCAGCUGUGGCUGAGGUCUACCCCCCCAGCACAUCAAGUUCUAUACAUCCGCAGCCUCCCGCCUGCCGCAGGGAUUGCUUGUGCCCAGAUUCCAUCUUCCACCCAGUCUGCGGAAACAAUGGAGUCGAGUACCUCUCCCCUUGCCAUGCCGGCUGCAGCAGCAUCAACAUGAGCUCAGCAGCUUCCACUCAACCAAGCUACUUGAACUGCAGCUGUGUGACUGGAGGAUCUGCGUCAGCAAAGACAGGCUCGUGCCCUGUGUCCUGUGCACACUUCCUGCUGCCGUCCAUCUUCCUCAUCUCCUUUGUGGCGCUCAUCGCCUGCGUCUCCCACAACCCUCUCUACAUGAUGGUUCUCCGUGUGGUGAACCAGGAUGAGAAGUCAUUCGCCAUUGGAAUACAGUUCUUGUUGAUGCGCUUGCUGGCCUGGCUGCCAGCUCCAACCCUGUAUGGUCUCAUCAUCGACUCCUCCUGUAUCCGGUGGAACUACCUAUGCUCAGGGAGACGAGGGGCCUGUUCAUAUUAUGACAACGACGCUCUCCGAAACGGGUACCUGGGACUGCAGGUGGGCUACAAGGUCCUGGGGACGCUGCUGCUCUUUUUCAUCGGCUGGAGAGUCAAGAAGAAUAGGGAGUAUAGCCUGCAAGAGAACGCCUCGGGCCUCAUCUGACCCCCAGCCAGGCUACUGCCCUGUCUCAGGGACUGGGUCCCACCCCUCCACACCUGCCUGUUAACUAAUGUCCACACGCCUUUUCCUCCCUCCCUCCUCCCUCCUCCCUCCCUCCCUCC